UUUCAUCCGCACCAUUUUGUAUACAGUUCCCACGCCUUCUCGCCUUGACUUGGCAGCCCAGUUGCUCUACCAUAGGGAACUCUUCUUCCACUCUUGCCUUCCUCUUCGACGACUUGAAGGCGGCAGAGGUGGCUGAUGCUGCCCUCGGCGCUCGUUACUAGCAGCGCCUCGCACCAUUAAAAGAGGCGUGACUUCAAGUCGCCGAUACCAUGUUUUCGGCAUUCCUUCACGCUCCCUGCGAGCUUCAACUUCACAUUCUUCAAUCGGUCAUUUUCCUCUAUCCCCCGCAGCGUGUCCCUCGCGAUGCCGACCCUGAAGGACCGCCUUCUCAGACCGACUCCCUCGUUCGCGGCCUCGUCGAGCUCUGGGUCCCUUCAGCGCGCCACAUUUCUGGUAUCAAGGUCAAGCUGAGGGCAAUUCAAACCGUCGCUAUCCUCGAUGCCAACUCUGGACUUGUUCCCGUCAGCUGGGAGGACGAGAUCCUCAUGGAAAAGGAAGUCUAUAUCGGCAUGGCUCCCAAGCAUCACCAUGGAGGCAAAAAGGACAGGGGUCGCACCCCAGGUCCCAGCUCCCUUCGACCAUCGCGAGCAUCAAGUCCAGUCAAUGACCGCCGCAGCCCCGCAGGCAGCCGCACGCCCAGUCGCGACGUCACUGCCAGAAACAGCUUUGACGGCAAUGCUCACGAUUUGGACGAUCAUGAGCACGAAGGACGUUCCUUGGCUGCCAAUUUGACGAGCGCCAUCAAUCGAGCUCUACCUCGCGGCAGGACAUCUUCUCGACCACCAUCGACGUCAGGGUCUCGUCCUUCUUCGCGUUCUCGCCCUUCUUCACCCUCAGGCGAACGUCGUCGUGGCCUCUCUUCGUUCCCAUCGACGUCCAACUCUCAAGCCACUCGAUCGGCCAGUGUGGCCCCCUCGCUCCUUCCUGCAAGCCCGCAAAUGUCGCCCCGAGACGAGCGCAGCGACGACCACGCACAUGGCCGUCCAGGCAUCGGUCGCAGCGACAGCAGUCAAUCGGGCCUCAAUGCCACGCUGCGAUCCAUGUCCAUUGGCCCUCGCGUCGAGCGUCAGCGAUCAGCUCAGAACAUCGACGGCUUGGGUCACCCAGAUGACGACGACUUUGGCGUCCAUCGCGCUCGAAAUGGCAGUGGAGCUCUUCGUGGCCGUAGCGGCAGGGGACCCGGAGCUGGCUCAGGCAGUGUGCCUCCUUCUAUAGGCAAGGGCAAGCAGCGAGAAAAGAGCGAUCGCAGCGCUAGCACGGGAUGGGCUCGAUUUGGUCGAAGCGUCAGCAGAGCUAGAGGCUUUGGCCACGCUCAUGCGACAGAGACUGGGCCUGAGUCUCCCUCUUUACCUCAGAGCAUGGAUCCUCAAGAAGUGCAGUCGCCUCCUCCAGGUCUCGAGCUAGAAAAGGGCGUGCACGGCUUCGAGUUUGCCUUCAUUAUUCCAGCCCACUCUGCAGAAUACACUCGCAGCCCCUUUGGACGUGUGCGAUACAUCAUCAAAGCUACCGCCUACGGGGCUGGCAGGGCUAAGAGCAACAUCGAAUCGUGGCGCGACGUCUUUCCCGUCGCCAAUCCUUCCAUCGAUGGCGGACCAACGUCGCUCACGGUGCUGUACAACGACUUGCACCCAACUGUUGGCCUCCUCUCCAUCGCCUGCACCUCGCAGAAUAUUUCCGUCGGUGGACUCUUCCAGCUCGAUAUCCACUCACCCAUGCCGCCACCCGACCUCGUUGUGUACCUUGUUCGUAUUUCACUCGAGACGACGAUUGAGAUUAGAACGAAGCGCAAGGGAAAGCAGGUGAUCCCAGCACAGCGCAACAAGCUCUUCGAGAAGGGCUACGUUCCACCUCGCAAGGAAGAUCCUCAUGGCCCUGGAGAUGGCAAGAAGUCUGACGGAUCCAUCCGCGAGCCAGAUCGCGAUGGUGCCGAGAGUGCAUGGACGGUCCAAGGCUUGGCGCGUAUGCCAGACGACAAUCAAAUCCGCUCAUCGACCAUUGGCGGCACCAAGUCGGCAAUUCGAUUUAGUCAUCAGAUCGUCGUCGAAGUAGUCCACUCUCGCGAGCCGCCGCCCGAAGCCGGGACAAAGGAGCGUAAGCUCAAAGUCUUCACGUUGCGUCAACCCAUAACUUUACCCAGCUGCUGCGUUGCCUUUGACGCUGCCACGCUACCGGCCUACACGCCUGCCAACGACGACCAGGGCACGGCCGGGAGAACCGUUGAUGCGCUGCCCUACGACUUGGCCCACUUGCCCAACGGAGCUAGAAGUAACCCCGUCACAACGCCCGUACGCGAAGAUGGCCCAUCCCAGGGCAACUCUGGUCCUUCAUCCUCGGCCUCGUCAACAACCGGCGCAAAUUCGGCCAGUGCCGCUGGUACUGGUGGAGCGUCCUCCUCGUCUUCGUCUGCCCUAGGUGGUCUCUGGCACCCACCGCAUCACCGUCACAACACGGCCGAGGUCCAAAGGGGCACGACGCACGACUACUGCGUGUGCGGCCUUUCGCUUCAGGACCUCGAAGCAAGGGAGCGAGCCAUGAUGAUGCCUCCGCAAAUGGCCGCCUACGAUAUCCCCAUCGACGCGCUGCGGCCACACGGCAAGAUUGGGGAGCUGCCACCUCAGCAAGCCAGCGGCGGCGUUGGUGCCGCUCUAAGCCGAAGCAGGACUCGCAGCAGCAGUCGAAGCGUGAGCACCAGGAGGGGCUCGUCCAGCGGCAGUCAGAGGAGUGUCAGCCUCGCGGGCAAGAAGAAGCGGUCGCCUAGCUCAGGAGGUGGCGCGUCUGGUAGCAUGGGUGGUGCAUUGGCGAGGAGUCUCAGUAGAAGGAGGGGGAGCCAAGGUGGCGCUGGCUCAACUCCCGGCCUCGUAGGUGGCACGAGCGUGUCGCGAUCCUCAACGAGGGACAGCGCAGUCAGUGCGACGAGCACGAACAGUCGUGGCUUGUCCCCUAUGCGACCGGCCGGCGGUAGCAGCAAUGGAGGUGGUGGCGGCAGCAGACCACCUCCCAACGCGCGAGGCAGCAGUCGAGUUGCUGAUCUCAACGAUGGUGGAUAUCAGGAACAGCGACGCCGCUCGGCCUCUCUGGCACCUCCGCGCAUUGCUGAGGGGGAGGCGCCUCCAAGCUACGAUUCGGCGGUGCUCGAGGAGGACGAGGAGGACCUCGAUCACGAAAAUGUGCAAUCGGAGACCAGGGGACGGAGGAGGUGAGGGGAAGAUUGUGGAUCAACGUGUCGAUGACUUUGUCAAAUUUACUUGCCCUGAUCCGCGGGCGCUCAGUCACAACUACCAAAUAGCAUAUCUAUAGAUUAUAUGAUGUCAUUGUCAUCAUGUCGAGACAUCAUCGAGGAGGGC